AUGAACUCUACUCAUCGCCAUGGAAUGCACACUUCUCUCCACUUCUGGAACCGCAGCACCUAUGGACUGCACAGCAAUGCCAGUGAGUCCCUUGGAAAAGGCUACUCUGACGGAGGGUGCUACGAGCAACUUUUUGUCUCUCCUGAGGUGUUUGUGACUCUGGGUGUCAUCAGUUUGUUGGAGAAUAUUCUGGUGAUUGUGGCAAUAGCCAAGAACAAGAAUCUGCAUUCGCCCAUGUACUUUUUCAUCUGUAGCCUGGCUGUGGCUGAUAUGUUGGUGAGCGUUUCAAACGGAUCAGAAACCAUUGUCAUCACCCUGUUAAACAGUACAGAUACGGACGCACAGAGUUUCACAGUGAAUAUUGAUAAUGUCAUUGACUCAGUGAUCUGUAGCUCCUUGCUUGCAUCAAUUUGCAGCCUGCUUUCAAUUGCAGUGGACAGGUAUUUUACUAUAUUUUAUGCUCUCCAGUACCAUAACAUUAUGACUGUUAAGCGGGUUGGGAUCAUCAUAAGUUGUAUCUGGGCGGCUUGCACGGUUUCGGGCAUUUUGUUCAUCAUUUACUCAGAUAGCAGUGCUGUUAUCAUCUGCCUCAUCACCAUGUUCUUCACCAUGCUGGCUCUCAUGGCUUCUCUCUAUGUCCACAUGUUCCUCAUGGCCAGACUUCACAUUAAGAGGAUCGCUGUCCUCCCAGGCACAGGCACUAUCCGCCAAGGUGCCAACAUGAAGGGGGCGAUAACCUUGACCAUAUUGAUUGGAGUCUUUGUGGUCUGCUGGGCCCCAUUCUUCCUCCACUUAAUAUUCUACAUCUCUUGUCCCCAGAAUCCAUACUGUGUGUGCUUCAUGUCUCACUUUAACUUGUAUCUCAUACUGAUCAUGUGUAACUCCAUCAUUGAUCCUCUGAUAUACGCACUCCGGAGCCAAGAACUCAGGAAAACCUUCAAAGAGAUCAUCUGUUGCUACCCUCUAGGAGGCCUUUGUGAUUUGUCCAGCAGAUACUAA